ACACUAUCCCAUGGGAUGGAAAGAAACGGGUUUGGGUGCCUGAUGAACAGGAUGCCUACGUGGAGGCUGAGAUCAAAUCAGAGGUUACUGGCGGCAAAGUCACCGUGGAGACCAAAGACCAGAAGGUUGAAUUCCCCCUUUCCUGAGAUUAGCUCCUCUGUCUUUGUGGGGGGGUGCAGCAUCAGGGGUAUAUAGAAAGGCAGACAAUAGAACCUGCAGUCUGCAGCCUGAUCCUGGAAGAUCAUGCCCCAGAGUGGGGCCCCUGGUCUUCAGGCCUGCGCCUGCGUGGGAUCCGCACGCUGGAUGAGCAGGGCCUGGGGAGUGUAUGGGUGGGAGUGGGAGGUAAACUCAGUUGGUCCAUCCCUGUCCGGCACCCUAUUACUUGCCUCCUUGGCAGGUGCUGACAGUACGAGAAACCGAGCUGCAGCCCAUGAACCCGCCCCGCUUCGACUUACUGGAGGACAUGGCUAUGAUGACGCACCUCAAUGAAGCGGCUGUGCUGCACAACCUACGCCAGCGUUAUGCUCGCUGGAUGAUCUACACCGAGAAAACCAGUCCAUGCUGAUCACCAAUUUCUGGCAACAAAAACUGGGGGCACCCUUGAGGAUCAAAUCAUUGAGGCUAACCCAGCCAUGGAGGCUUUUGGCAACGCCAAGACCCUGAGGAAUGACAACUCCUCCCGCUUUGGCAAGUUCAUCCGCAUUCACUUUGGUCCCUCUGGGAAGCUGGCCUCUGCAGAUAUUGACAGCUACCUCCUGGAGAAGUCUCGUGUGAUCUUCCAGCUGCCUGGGGAGCGUAGCUACCAUGUCUACUACCAGAUCCUCUCAGGGAAGAAGCCAGAGCUACAGGACAUGCUGCUCCUGUCUAUGAACCCCUAUGACUACCACUUCUGCAGCCAGGGUGUCAUCACUGUGGAUAACAUGGAUGAUGGGGAGGAGCUCAUCGCCACAGAUCAUGCCAUGGACAUCCUGGGCUUCAGUAUGGACGAGAAGUGUGCCUGCUACAAGAUCGUGGGAGCCCUCUUGCACUUUGGCAACAUGAAAUUCAAGCAGAAGCAGCGGGAGGAGCAGGCUGAGGCAGACGGCACUGAGAGUGCUGACAAGGCUGCCUACCUGAUGGGAGUCAGCAGUGGGGAUCUUCUCAAAGGUCUUCUGCACCCCCGGGUUCGUGUGGGGAAUGAGUAUGUGACCAAGGGUCAGAGUGUGGAGCAGGUGGUGUUUGCUGUAGGGGCUCUGGCCAAAGCCACCUAUGACCGCCUGUUCCGGUGGCUAGUGUCUCGGAUCAACCAGACCUUGGAUACAAAGCUGCCCAGACAGUUCUUUAUUGGGGUCCUGGACAUUGCCGGUUUUGAAAUCUUUGAGUUUAACAGCUUUGAGCAGCUGUGCAUCAACUUCACCAAUGAGAAGCUGCAGCAGUUCUUUAACCAGCACAUGUUCGUGCUGGAGCAGGAAGAGUACAAGCGUGAGGGAAUCGACUGGGUCUUCAUCGACUUUGGCCUUGACCUGCAGCCCUGCAUUGACCUCAUCGAGAAGCCGCUGGGCAUCCUGUCCAUUCUGGAAGAGGAGUGCAUGUUCCCCAAAGCUUCAGAUGCGAGCUUCCGUGCCAAGCUUUAUGACAACCACUCAGGAAAGUCACCCAACUUUCAGCAGCCUCGGCCUGACAAGAAGCGCAAGUAUCAGGCCCACUUUGAGGUGGUCCACUAUGCAGGCGUGGUGCCUUACAGCAUUGUGGGAUGGCUGGAAAAAAACAAGGAUCCUUUGAAUGAGACUGUGGUCCCCAUCUUUCAAAAGUCACAGAACAGGCUCUUGGCCACUCUUUAUGAGAACUAUGCAGGCUCCUGCUCUACUGAGCCCCCCAAGUCUGGAGUGAAAGAGAAGCGUAAGAAGGCAGCAUCGUUCCAGACAGUGUCCCAGCUGCACAAGGAGAACCUCAACAAGUUGAUGACCAACCUGCGGGCCACACAGCCCCACUUUGUCCGGUGUAUUGUCCCUAAUGAGAACAAGACCCCAGGGGUCAUGGAUGCUUUCUUGGUGCUACACCAGCUACGCUGCAAUGGAGUCCUAGAAGGUAUCCGGAUCUGCCGCCAAGGAUUCCCCAACAGGCUGCUCUAUGCCGACUUCAGGCAGCGGUACCGCAUCCUGAACCCCAGUGCCAUCCCAGACGACACCUUUGUGGAUAGCAGAAAGGCCACAGAGAAGCUGUUGGGUUCCCUAGACAUCGACCACACCCAGUACCAGUUUGGCCACACCAAGGUGUUCUUCAAGGCUGGGCUUCUAGGCAUCCUGGAGGAGCUCCGUGACCAGCGUCUGGCCAAGGUGUUGACGCUGCUGCAGGCACGGAGCCGGGGCCGCCUCAUGCGCCUUGAGUACCAACGCAUGCUGGGAGGCAGGGACGCCCUGUUCACUAUCCAGUGGAACAUCCGGGCCUUCAAUGCCGUAAAGAAUUGGUCAUGGAUGAAGCUUUUCUUCAAGAUGAAGCCACUGUUGCGCUCAGCACAGGCGGAGGAGGAGCUGGCGGCCCUGCGGACAGAGCUGCGGGGUUUGAGGGGGGCACUGGCCGCUGCUGAGGCCAAGCGCCAGGAGCUGGAGGAGACUCAUGUCAGCGUCACCCAGGAGAAGAAUGACCUGGCUUUGCAGCUGCAGGCAGAGCAGGACAACUUGGCAGAUGCUGAGGAACGUUGCCACUUGCUGAUCAAGUCCAAGGUGCAGCUUGAGGCAAAGGUGAAGGAGCUGAAUGAGCGGCUGGAGGAUGAGGAGGAAGUGAAUGCAGACUUGGCAGCCCGCAGGCGCAAGCUGGAGGACGAAUGCACAGAGCUUAAGAAGGACAUAGAUGACCUGGAACUGACACUGGCCAAGGCUGAGAAAGAAAAGCAAGCCACCGAGAACAAGGUGAAGAACUUGACAGAGGAGAUGGCCACACUGGAUGAAUCAGUGGCUCGGCUGACCAAGGAAAAGAAGGCAUUGCAGGAGGCCCAUCAGCAGGCCCUGGGUGACCUGCAGGCAGAGGAGGACCGCGUGAGUGCACUGGCCAAGGCCAAACUCCGGCUGGAGCAGCAGGUGGAGGACCUGGAGUGCUCCCUGGAGCAGGAGAAAAAGCUGCGCAUGGACACAGAGCGGGCCAAGCGCAAGCUUGAGGGUGACCUAAAGCUGACACAGGAGGCAGUGACAGAUACCACCCAGGACAAGCAGCAGCUGGAAGAGAAGCUCAAGAAAAAAGACUCAGAGCUGAGUCAGCUGAACCUUCGGGUAGAAGAUGAGCAGCUCCUCGGGGCCCAGCUGCAGAAAAAGAUCAAGGAGUUGCAGGCGCGGGCAGAGGAGCUGGAGGAGGAGCUGGAGGCUGAGCGGGCAGCCCGGGCUCGUGUGGAAAAGCAGAGGGUAGAGGCAGCGCGGGAGCUGGAGGAGCUGAGUGAGCGGCUGGAGGAAGCAGGUGGUGCAUCGGCUGGGCAGAGGGAGGGCUGCCGCAAGCGGGAGGCUGAGCUGGGCCGGCUGCGGCGGGAGCUGGAAGAGGCAGCCCUGCGGCAUGAGGCGACUGUAGCUGCCCUGCGACGCAAGCAGGCAGAUGGUGCAACUGAGCUGGGGGAGCAGGUGGACAGCCUGCAGCGAGUUCGGCAAAAGCUGGAAAAGGAAAAGAGUGAGCUGCGCAUGGAGGUGGACGAUCUGGGUGCCAGUGUGGAGACUCUGGCCCGAGGCAAGGCCAGUGCAGAGAAGCUGUGCCGGGCCUAUGAGGAUCAACUAAGCGAGGCCAAGAUCAAGGUGGAGGAGCUGCAACGGCAGCUGGCAGACGCAAGCACCCAGCGAGGGAGGCUGCAAACUGAGAAUGGGGAGUUGGGCCGCCUGUUAGAAGAGAAGGAGUCUUUGAUCAGCCAGCUGAGUCGUGGGAAGGCCUCAGCUGCCCAGAGCCUGGAGGAACUGCGGAGGCAGCUGGAGGAGGAGAGCAAGGCCAAGAGUGCGUUGGCCCAUGCUGUGCAGGCUUUGAGGCAUGACUGUGACCUCCUGCGGGAGCAGCAUGAGGAGGAGGCUGAGGCCCAGGCUGAGCUGCAGCGGCUGCUGUCCAAGGCCAAUGCUGAGGUAGCACAGUGGAGGAGCAAGUACGAAGCAGAUGCCAUCCAGAGGACUGAGGAACUGGAGGAGGCCAAGAAGAAGCUGGCUCUGCGGCUACAGGAGGCAGAGGAAGGUGUAGAGGCUGCAAAUGCUAAGUGCUCAUCAUUGGAGAAAGCCAAGCUGCGACUGCAAACAGAGUCAGAGGAUGUGACUCUGGAGCUGGAGCGGGCAACCUCAGCAGCAGCUGCACUGGACAAGAAGCAGCGGCACUUAGAGAGGGCUCUGGAGGAGCGAAGGCGACAGGAGGAGGAGACACAGCGGGAGCUGGAGGCGGCACAGAGGGAGGCCCGUGGCCUGGGCACGGAGCUCUUCCGACUGAGGCACAGCCAUGAGGAGGCCCUGGAGGCCCUGGAGACACUCAAGCGGGAGAACAAGAAUCUGCAGGAAGAGAUCAGCGACCUCACAGACCAGGUCAGCCUCAGUGGGAAGAGUAUCCAGGAAUUGGAGAAAGCCAAGAAAGCACUAGAAGGGGAGAAGAGCGAGCUCCAAGCUGCACUAGAGGAGGCAGAGGGGGCCCUGGAGCUGGAGGAGACUAAGACUCUGCGGAUCCAACUGGAGUUGUCCCAGAUUAAGGCAGAAGUAGACCGGAAGCUGGCGGAGAAGGAUGAGGAGUGCACUAACCUGAGGCGCAACCACCAGCGAGCAGUGGAGUCCCUGCAGGCCUCUCUGGAUGCAGAGACCCGGGCCCGCAAUGAGGCACUGCGGCUCAAGAAGAAGAUGGAGGGUGACCUCAAUGAUCUAGAGCUGCAGCUGGGCCAUGCCACCCGCCAGGCCAUGGAGGCACAGGCAGCCACACGGCUGCUCCAGGCCCAAUUGAAGGAGGAGCAGGCAGGACGUGAUGAGGAGCAGCGGCUGGCUGCUGAGCUCCGUGAGCAGGCACAGGCCCUGGAGCGCAGGGCUGCAUUGCUGGCUGCUGAGCUGGAAGAGCUGCGGGCUGCCCUUGAACAGGGCGAGCGCAGCCGGCGGCUGGCGGAGCAGGAGCUGUUGGAGGCCACAGAGCGCCUCAACCUCCUGCAUUCACAGAACACUGGCCUCUUGAACCAAAAAAAGAAGCUGGAGGUAGACUUGGCCCAGCUGAGUGGGGAGAUGGAGGAGGCUGCUCAGGAGAGGCGGGAAGCUGAGGAGAAGGCCAAGAAGGCCAUCACUGAUGCAGCCAUGAUGGCUGAGGAGCUGAAGAAGGAGCAGGACACCAGUGCACACCUGGAACGGAUGAAGAAGACUCUGGAACAGACGGUGCGGGAGCUGCAGGCACGCCUGGAAGAGGCAGAACAGGCUGCCCUCCGGGGUGGGAAGAAGCAGGUGCAGAAGUUGGAGGCCAAGGUGCGGGAGCUGGAGGCUGAGCUUGAUGCAGAACAGAAGAAGCAUGCUGAGGCCCUCAAGGGUGUGCGCAAACAUGAGCGCAGGGUCAAGGAGCUUGCGUACCAGGCCGAGGAGGACAGGAAGAACCUUGCUCGCAUGCAGGACCUGGUGGACAAGCUGCAGAGCAAGGUCAAGAGCUACAAGCGUCAGUUUGAGGAGGCGGAGCAGCAAGCCAGCACCAAUCUGGCCAAAUAUCGCAAGGCCCAGCAUGAGUUGGAUGAUGCAGAGGAGCGGGCAGAUAUGGCAGAGACCCAGGCCAAUAAGCUGCGAGCACGGACCCGGGAUGCCUUAGGCCCCAAGCACAAGGAGUGACAGCUUGAGUCGCAUGCCCCUGAACGCUGAAGAGGGAUAUCCGCUGUGAUCCUGUGGUCUCUUCAUCCUCACCUGCUGCCACUCCGCCCUCCCCAAGCCUGGAACACCCUGAAUAAACAUCAUGUCUGCAGCAACAGAUGGUGUCCUUCUCAUUUCUUGAGGUUCCAAGGGAGAGGGGAACACACAGUCCCACGGACAAAGUCAGGUC